UGGAAAUACUGGUAAAAGCACAGUGCUGCUUGCCUGGCUGACUCCACAGCGAGCUUUGGAGAGGCUGGUGUCAGACUACAGUGCUUAAAAAAGUGCCCCAAAACUCCCGGCCCUAAGAUACACAUGCACACUCCUCCUAGAAUCCCCCCUCUCCUCCAUCACAGUGCUGUAGAGGCCUGAGCAUGGGGAAACACCUUCCCACUACUGGACACACACUCUUACUCAGUGGACACACACACUCUUCUACUCUUUGAGCGUGGGGACAUACACACUCCUACUCACAGAGCGUUUGAUGGUGAGAAGAGCCUGGACAUACCGGUACUUCAGUUUCUCCUGAAAUCAGCUGUGCCACCGUGUGUAUCGUGGAAGAGGCCGUAGAGCAGAUUCUGGCGAACCCUAACCCCUGACCCCUGUGGUGUGGGGGGUGAGUUCGGGGCAAUGCGCUGCCCCACCCUGCUGGCCCUGCUGGCGGGGGUCAUGCUGUACCUGGUGAUGGGGGCGUUGGUGUUCCGGAACUUGGAAAGCCCCAAGGAGAGCAAGGAGCAUGAGAAGCUGCUCUGCACCACACGUGACUUCCUCGGAAACCACUCAUGUGUCACUGCACAGAACCUCAGCGACCUCAUAAAGAGUGUGGUGAAGGCGGUGGAGGCGGGCCUGGAUGUAAAACACAGCUCCACCAACUUCACUAGCAGGUGGGACCUGGCCAGCGCCUUCUUCUUCUGUGGUACCAUCAUCACCACCAUUGGGUUUGGUAACCUUUCUCCCAGGACCAAAUGGGGCCAGCUGUUCUGCGUCUGUUAUGCCCUGGUAGGGAUCCCCAUGUUUGGUUUCCUGCUGGCUGGUGUCGGAGACCACAUGGGGACGGGGCUGAGGAAGGCCGUGUGGAAGAUGGAGACACUCUUCCUGAAGCGGCGGGUCAGUCCCACCUAUGUACGGAUCAUGUCUGCUGUUCUGUCCAUCCUGAUUGGCUGUCUGAUCUUCCUCGCCGUGCCGACGCUGGUGUUUAAGGAAGUGGAGGACUGGUCCUUUCUGGAGGCGCUCUACUUUGUGGUCAUCACCCUCACCACGGUCGGCUUUGGAGACUACGUAGCAGGUGCUAACCGGCGGGACGGAGAUCUGUUUAAGCCCCUGGUGUGGCUCUGGAUAGUGUUUGGCCUGGCUUACUUUGCCUCUAUACUCACCAUGAUCGGGAACUGGCUGCGAGUGCUGUCCAAGAAAACACGUGCUGAGAUGGAGGAGUUGAGGGCCCAUGCUACAGACUGGACCCAGAACAUCCAGAACAUGUCCAUGGACUUCCGGAUUCCCAACCCUUUGGAACUCAAUGACCCCUUCCUGCUUCAGCGGCGCCGCUGGAAACGCAGCACCCGGCGGCGGGUCCGCAGGGGGGCGCUGGGGCACCACGGCAGGCAGGGCGUCAUAGGGGAGAACGGACAUCUGCCCAAUAGGUGGGUCUCCCACACCCGCUCCAUGACCCGUCUGGAGGUCAUGAGGUUAGGGGGGGACGAGGUUAGGAAUGAGGGGACGAGGUUAGGACCAGGGGCGGUGCUAGGGGCGGAUUCCAGAGUCAGUGCGAGGUCAGAGGGCAGGUCGUUGGGCCGGACGGUGGCGAGGUCACAGUCGAUGCCUGCGGCGCACUCUGUGAUGGAGUUAGAUUAUGACCUUGAUCCUGUUGCUAUGACAAUGCUGCAAGGGGAGUCUGUGUUCGAGUCUAAGUCGCUGUCUGAGUCUCCAGAGUCUGACUCCAGAUCAGAAGUCUCCUCCUCUGACUCUCACACCUCUGACAUGUGUACACCAGGGCAGGGGAUAACUUUUGCCAGUUUUGACGCCAGUGGGUCUCUCUGUACUGAGGAGAGGGGAAGCCAGGGAGGAUCCAGGCAGGUAUUUUUCCAGGAGGGUGUCCGGUUCCCUGUGCCUCUCCAGCAGCUCCCCAAGUCCCACAACCUCACCAAGCCCAUCCCCAUGUCGCCCAUAUUCUCUGUGAAACCCAUGCCGCUCCCCAUGCCCACCCCGCCAGGCUGCAAAAUGCUAGAUUUCUUCGGGGAGAACUUGGCCUACAUUGACGAGUCGUCGGACACGUUGAGUGACAAGAACCAGCCGGUUGAGGUGGCUGUCAGUCCUCGCCCCCGUAAGCCCCGCAGGAGGAGCAUAAGGAGGCAGCUGCCCUACCGGAGCCCCCUGAAGGAGAGGAGGGACAGUGACAUGCAGCCCCCCUCCAACCCCCCGACACCUCCCCCUCUCUCCCAUCUCAGAGACUGACACAGUGACAUGCAGUCCCCCUCUAAACCCCCCCAACCCCCUCUCUCCCAUCUGAGACUGACAGUGACAUGCAGUCCCCCUCUAAACCCCCCAACCCCCUCUCUCCCAUCUCAGAGACUGACACAGUGACAUGCAGUCCCCCCUCUAAACCCCCCCCAACCCCCUCUCUCCCAUCUCAGAGACUGACACACUGACAUGCAGUCCCCCUCUAACCCCCCCCCCAACCCCCUCUCUCCCAUCUCAGAGACUGAUGAACAAACUGACAGGCACAGGUCAUGAAGGGGGAUAGUAAGGCUGGUCUUUAUUACUAUUGUUCACAGGAGAAGCAGACCUCAAAGCUCAGAUGUACUUAUAUUAUGUACUGGGGAUAAAGGCCAACAAUAUACUAGAUCUCACUGACUGAGGACCACAGUCGUCAUUGAGAUAUAUUUGUAUGAAAACCAAUGCAUGUAUUCAGCACCACAGAUAUAGAAUAUAUAAACUGUCUAAGCUCAGUCAAGUCAGACUCACUGGGUUGAGAAAUAGCACCAUCUCCUGGCUGGUAAGUGUAGUACAACAUCUCCUCUGCAUAGCUGUAGCCUGCUGUGCUGUCUGCUCCUGGAGCUCAGCCCAAACCUCAGCCAUGGUUUUUAAAUCACUGACUAAAGGACUUUUUGGAAUAACCAUGUUAGAUCUGGCUUCAGAGAUCCAUUUCUCUGUAUAUCCCAGUGUCCUUCAGCAUGUGGGAUAUAUAGUGCUCUGGUUGAAUAAGGGCCAUUCCACAAAAGGAGUCCCUUUUGGGAAGUGUAAUUUGGUGUAAAACAUUUUAUUUUACAUAAUUUUAACAUUGUCAUAAAAAAUAUGUUUUUCAAGAGGUUGAAUAAAAGAAAUGACUUUAGUAAGUGCCUAUUAAGUGCCAAAUAAAGUAACAGGGUUGACCAUUUCAUCUUAAAUAACUGUAAAUCCUCACUGGCUGGAGGAGGUAUGUAAGCUUUUUGUGUGCAACAGGCAGUGGCAAUUGAUUACAAACUUCCCCAAAAAGUUUUAUAGAUAUUUCCACACUAGCAUGAUAAAGGAUGAUAAUGCCCUUUAAGUGUAAGAGCUGUUUGAAAAUAAAUGUGACAUUUUUGCCUG